UAGAGCGUUCAGAUUGUCUCCCCUCCCAAAAUGCCUUCUAAAGAACUAACGGGUCUUGUUUACUUUACAGCGUCCUGUUCUCUUAUUUUUCAUAGGUUUUGACAAACUGUCAUGCAUCAUGUUUGACUUACUGUGAGUCGGUGUCGAGAAACAAGAUCGGACUUUGUUAUAACCCCCCGAGCGCGCAGCACAAUUAAGGCUUCUACGUAUUGGACAGUGAUUGGCACGCUUGACAGUGAUUGGCAAUGUUGCCAGGACAACCAUACAGUAGCACCAUGAAAACGGUGCCAAAUACGAAACACAAUUAUUUAAAGGCUUCACUCGAUCUAGAAAUGAUGAGGAUCUUGAAAAGCUAUAGCCUAUUCCUCUCAUCUCCUCUCAAACUUCGCUGAUCACCGGUUGCUCUUGGCGAACAACUCUCCUGCGCCAAAAGAAGUAAAGGACUUGUCAAUGUUUCCCAGUCUUAAUUUCUCACUGGAACAGGUAGCAAGUGUCUGCGAGACAUUGGAAGAAACCGGCGAUGUGGAGAGACUGGGACGGUUCCUGUGGUCUCUGCCAGUGGCGCCUGGGGUUUUCGACGCGAUAAACAAACACGAAUCCAUUCUGCGAGCUCGCGCCGUGGUUGCUUUUCACGCAGGAAAUUAUAGGGACCUCUAUCACAUUUUGGAGCACCAGAAGUUCACCAAGGACUCACACGGAAAACUGCAGGCUAUGUGGCUCGAAGCACACUAUCUAGAGGCCGAGAAGCUGCGGGGUCGCCCAUUAGGACCGGUCGAUAAGUACAGGGUGCGGAAGAAGUUUCCAUUGCCCAGGACCAUCUGGGAUGGCGAGCAGAAGAGCCACUGUUUCAAAGAGCGGACACGCGGCCUUUUAAGGGAAAAGUACCUCCAGGACCCCUACCCAAAUCCAAGUAAGAAAAGGGAACUAGCACGCGCGACUGGCCUCACACCUACGCAAGUGGGAAACUGGUUUAAAAACCGAAGGCAAAGGGACAGAGCCGCGGCGUCAAAACACAGGUUGCAACACCAUGGAAUUGGACAAAAUGGGGUGCGCUCUCUUUCGGAGCCAUGCGGUUCACCAUCCACUAGCAUCUUGAAUAUGAUGGACCGAAUCGAAACGGGGACCUCCAUUAUCUCCAUAGCAUCCAGUGACUCGGAAUUUGACAUAUAAUACAAAAGGAGAAAUAUUUACAAGGGAAACUACUUGAAAUAAAAAAAAAAUAAAAAAAACGUUAAACCCGGGAUUAUGAAAGGACCCAUUAGAAUGAUUAAAAGGAGAGAGAGGGGGGACAAUAGUGUUUCGAGCGCAUUCAGUGGACCUUCCUGUUUUCCUACCCCUUUUCUGCAUGAAUUUAUUCAGAAAAAAGUGAAACAGUUUAUAUAAGGACCGCCGAAAGGAGAGAGUAGAGACUUGCAGAACGCCAUGUCAGACAUCUAUUUCACUUUCAAGUGGCGAUGGGACUCGGCAGGAUGCAAUGAUGUGUUUUGUUUGUUGUUGUUUGAUACUGUCAUCGGACAAUCAUGAGGAAAUCCCUUUUGUCACGCUUCUGUCGUGCGUAGGCUACGUGUAGGGAAUACGGUACGGUUACAGAUUUGUUUUUUCGUUGAAAUGAUGCAAUGAAUUCUCAGUCUUCAAGAAUACCAGUUAUGUCUGUAAUAUUCGUGUGUAUGGUUGGACACAAUAUUGUUAUUAUUCUUCACCUCCUGCUUCACUUCAGCCUGAUGUCCUAGUGUGUCAAAAGUUUAAGUGAUUUAGAAUCCUUUAAUAUUUAAAUCUGGAUUUGUGAUAAUGUAAUCGGUCAUAUUUAUGCAAAAUAAAAUUAAUAUAAUUCUACAUCAAAAUAGUUUAUGUAAGGUGCUUGUUAUUGUUUAAUCCGGGUCUCCCCUGUAUGCUUUCCGAUGAAUGACCAAGCCAUUUAAGAGACUAAUCAUCGUGGAUCCCCGCCCUGACCACAGUGCCCCAUGGUGAAGUUCAUCGCCUCUGUUCCUCUGGAUGACAUGAGUUUGAAUCAGAAGAAUAGGAAAGAACAAUUUAAAACCUGUUUACAGGCAUAUUCAAUCAAAAACUUUUUUGUACACUGCUGCUACAGUAGCCAUUUCAAGAUUUUACACAAAUAAUUCAGUCCUCUAUCAUGUGCCAAAAGAACGGUGCAAUUUGACAACCUGGCAAAUAUAUUAAA